CACUCCACCAAGCAGGCAAGCACCCCUUGGCACGAUUCUAUCUCGGACACUUUGUACGAAAGAAACAAAAGAACCAGAAAGGAAAAAGCCAGAAAGGAACCUAGAAGGAAAAGAACAAAACUAAACAAACGACGAAAACCAUGGGAGAAACGACCGCCAGGAGCAAGCGACCCAGCUUGUCCUCCACCCUGUCCGCCGGCCUGGGGUUUGGRAGGUUCMRGGGGAAACGCCCGGGAAGCGGCAGCAGCAGCAACGACAGCAGCARCARCAACAACAACAACGAGCAACCGGGCAAGAGCCACAACGAGAAAGCAAGCACGAGCAGCAAGAGCAAGACCGGCGACAAAUCCAAGCCCAAGCCCAAGCGCUCGGGGAGGCGCCCGGGCAAAAGCKGGAGMGCCACCGCCGCGACCCGCGCCAAGAGCAGGGCGAGGCUCGAGCGGGUCCUCUCCAAGGCGGCCCUGGCGGCGGCGGACGAACACGAGGAGAAGGACCAGAGGGAUGCGAACCAAAGCGGCAGCACGAAUACGAACACGAACACGAACAAGAACACGAACACGAACACGAACACGAACCACCACAACGACUCCUUUUUCCGCAGCGAUUCCGGGCACCGGAACAAGCUCGACCGGACCUGGAGCGUCGAUGCCUUCAACCUGACGGGGCACUCGGCGAACCUCGUCUACGUAGAGGACGACGACUCGCACUCGCACUCGGACUCGCAAUCGGGCUCGCAUUCGGAAGACGGCGAGGAGUCCUCCUUUGCGUCCUCCCAGGACUUCUUUCUUCUCACGGAAGAGGAAGACCACGGCGAGGACACCCGGGAACUCGACUUCAGCGACCUCGAGUGCGGGGACAGCGCCGAAAGCGACGGCGACUCGGUCCUUUCCCCAAAGGAACAAGGAUCGAAUGCAAAUGCAAAUGCAAAUGCAAAUGCAAGCGUGUCGCCGAUCUCGACCAACAGCUCGCGGCGAACGAGAAGCGUCGAGGUGGACCUUGAAGAACCCAAGAGGGCCUCCGUCUCUAGGGGCAAGAGCGCCCGAAAGCCGUCGGCGGCGACCAAGGCCUCCCCCUCCAAGAAGAAAAAGGCCUCCCGGUCCAAGAAAGAGGACCGCACCCCGGCAAGGGGCCGCKGGGCCGGCAAGAACGCUCCCGGCAAGCGAAAGGACCCCGGGAGCUCCGGGGGCGAGAGCACCGUGACGGCCGAGACGGUGGACGUUGCGGCGGUGGAGGACACCGACGAGGAGCCCGCCUCCGUCGGAAGGACCGACGCGGAAUCCGCAAGGGCAGGCAGGGCCAAGAAGCGCAAAAAGAAGAAAAAGAAAAAAUCCAAGGGCAGCGGCGCCUCCAAGAAAAAGAAGAAAAAGCGGGUCUACAGCAUCGUGGUCGAGGGCGACGAGGACGCCUAUAAAUCCUUCGACAACCGCCUCCGGGAGGUCGAGGUCUUUGAGGAGAAACUGGUGAGGGACAAGCUCCUCCUCCAGAAGGAGCGGGAGGCCAUGGCCUUCGAGCUCGAGUCGAUGGAGAUCCGCAUGGACGAGGAGCUCGGSUACAGCGAGGAGCUGGAGCUCCGCGUCAAGGAGCUCGAGCAGCUCCUCCGGUCCCAGAAGAUCAGCCAGGCGGGACACCGGGUCGAGACCGAGGACAAGGUGCGGCGGCUCGAGGCGGGCUUUGCCCGCGAGCGCAGCGGCCUGCUCGCACGGCUCUCGGAACUCGAGCGGGAGGUCACCGGCCUCCGGGCCCGCGAACACGGCGGGGACGGGCCGGGGAACCACCCCCCCGGCAACGACGACGGCGACGAUCCUGCCGGGGCCGGCAAGUCCCGCGAGCGCCUCCGGGGCGAGCUCCUGCGGGCCCGCGCCGAGUGCUCGUCCACCACGGCCGCCCUCGCGUCCGCCCAGGCCGAGCUGCGGUCGGCCGCGCGGGCCAUCGCCGCCCUAGAGGGCGGGGAGGAGCUGGCGGCCCUGCGGGCGAGGGCCGGAGAGCUGGAAGGCGAGCAGAAGCGCCUCGGGGCCCUCCUCGGGGCCGAGAGGGCCGCGGCCGCCCGCAAGCUCGCCGACAAGGACGCGACGAUCGUCCACCUCAUGAACGAGCUGGCCGUUCUGAAGCAGGAGCAGUCGGUCCUGGCCCGCCGGUAGACGCCGGGACCAACGCCGGAGCCAGACCUUCACMAAACCCA